GUUAAGAGUUCCGACUGAGCCCUUUCUUUCUUGCGGCGCGUUCCCCUAAAUCUGAACUUAACGCGCGUUCACGGCUUUUCACGAUGUCAACUUGGACGCCGCAGCCUGCAGGUCUACAGGAGAUCCUGCAGACUAUACGCGACUCAACUGAUACACAAGGCAAUGUACAGCGAGCAAUCACUCAUAAAUUGAACACCUUUACACGUGUACCAGAUUAUAUUGCAUAUCUGGCAUACAUCUUAACCGCUCUCCCCCAAGAGGAAGACCAAAUCCGCACGAUAGCUGGGUAUCUAUUGAAGAACAACGCGCGUCUGCUCCUUGGCGUAUCUCCGGAGGUGGCCGAAUAUGCAAAGUCGGCUGUUCUCCAAGCCUUCAUCAGCUCUCCUCCUUUGAUAAGGAAUGCUGCUGGUCAUGAUAUUGUUGCAUUCCUCGGUGCUCUUGAGCCUAGAAAUUGGCCAGAUUGCUUGCAGCAGUUGGUGAAUAUGCUAGAUUCGCCUGAUCCAGCUCUCCAGGAGGGCAAAGCCCAUGCGAAGUGCAGCUCUAGCUCUUCAGAAGCUCUCCUCCUUCGAAUGUCGCAUUUAAUUGAACGUGACUUUAUGCUGAGCUCGAACAUUUCCCAAGCACGCGAUGUUUUAUAUUCCAUGAUUAUCUGUAUCAAUAUUCAAGUGCAAAUGCUGAAAAUUACCAUGCAGGCUGCUUUCAGCGUUUUCGAGAAAGCUUGCGAAGAUUUCCCUCGCAAAAUGGACGUUGAGAUUAACGGAACACGUCCUCUGGAUUACAUGAUCCCCAAGUUCCUCGUGCUAUCAGAGCAUCCGAUGCCGAAAAUGCGGUCACAUGCCGUUGCCUGUCUUUCAUAUUUCGUACCGAUCAAUUCUCAGUCCCUCUUUGCCCACAUCGAUGCUUUUAUCGCCUGCCUGUUCAAGCGCGCAUCUGACGAAGAUCCAUCUGUCCGAAGGCACGUCUGCCAGGCUCUUGUUUUGCUUCUUGCAGCCCGCCCCGAGAAGUUGAUGCCGGAAAUGUCGAAUGUCGCCGAGUACAUGUUAUACUCAACCAAAGAUAAGAAUGAAAGUGUGGCCCUCGAAGCUUGCGAGUUCUGGCUCACUUUCGCGGAGGAUCCUGACCUUGCAGCUUUCCUCCAUCCUCUCCUAGGUCGAGUUGCUCCAGUAUUGCUCGAUUGCAUGAUUUACGGAGAGGAUGAUCUUCUAUGGCUUGAUGGCGACACAGAAGAUACCAGCGUCCCUGACAAGGAAUCCGACAUCAAGCCACGACAUUACGGGGGUAAAACACACGGUCUGGACCGGGAUCAAGGAGAAGCUAACGGCCAGGAGCGGAAACGGGGGGCGUACGGAGAGGAGACAUUGGAUGAUGAGGAUGAGGACGACUACGAUCUCGAUGACGAUGAUUUCGCUGAUGAGAUGUCUACGGAGUGGAACUUGAGGAAAUGCGCUGCUGCUGCGCUGGAUGUGCUGGCUGUGAGGUUUGGGUCCGAGUUACUGAACGUGCUUCUUGGUCCGUUGAAGAAUAAGCUCUGGAGUGCUGAGUGGUUAGAGAGGGAAAGUGGCAUAUUGGCACUAGGUGCAAUGGCAGAAGGUGCUGGCUGCAUCGAUGCAAUCGAGCCUCAUUUGACAACCCUCGUUCCAUAUCUAAUCAACACACUUAACGACCCCAAGCCCCUUGUUCGAUCAAUCGCCUGCUGGACGUUGGGCCGGUAUGCAAGUUGGUGUACGCAGCCUAUAUCGGAGCAGCAUAAGAAUUCAUAUUUUGUCCCCACAAUGGAAGGCCUCCUGCGAAUGGUCCUGGACGACAACAAACGUGUACAAGAAGCAGGAUGUAGCGCGUUCGCAACGUUAGAGGAAGAUGCCGGGCCCGAGCUUGUACCCUAUUUGGAACCCGUCCUCCGGAAUCUGGUGUUUGCGUUUGAAAAAUAUCAGCACAAGAACACGCUCAUACUGUAUGAUGCUGUUGGUACAUUGGCGGAUGCUGUCGGCAGGGCAUUGCAGAAUCCCGCCUAUGUGGAAAUAUUGAUGCCCCCUCUGACAUCUCGAUGGGCCAAAUUGUCGGACGAUGACGAUGAUUUGAUUCCGCUUCUCGAGUGCAUUGCGUCCGUCACCAUUGCCAUGGGACCGGCGUUUUCCCCUUACGCACUACCCGUAUUCCAGCGCUGCGUGAACAUUAUCCACCAGUCUCUACUCCAGUACCAAGCAUACCAGCAGAACCCCGAACUCGAUGAGCCUGACAAAUCCUUCCUUGUGGUCUCACUGGACCUCCUAUCGGGCCUUGCACAGGGCAUGGGCAUGCAUCUAGAGUCUCUCAUUGGGCAGACAAAUCCGAACCUUCUUCAGCUACUGACGGUGUGCCUCAAGCACCCCCAGGCACCUGUACGUCAGAGCGCGUAUGCUCUCGUUGGAGACCUUGCGAUGGGCUGCUUCCAGCUCCUGCGCCCUCAUCUGCCUUCCAUUAUGGCGGAGCUUAUCGAACAGCUUGACCCUGAGCCUAAGGUCGAGUUCAUCAGUGCAUGCAAUAACGCAGCUUGGUCUGUCGGGGAAGUCGCGUUGCGCUAUGGGCGUGACGACCCGGAGUUCCAGCAAUGGGUAAACCCUCUCAUCGCACGUCUCAUCCCUAUCUUGUUGCACCCGAAGGCCCCACGCAGCCUUCACGAGAACGCCGCCGUGUCCAUUGGAAGGAUCGGGUUAAUGCACCCCGGUGUUGUCGCUCCCCAUUUGCCCGAGUUUGCACAAGCAUGGUGCUUGGCCUUGUAUGAGAUUCGUGAUAAUGAAGAGAAAGACUCUGCGUUCCGCGGUCUAUGCACCCUUGUGCAGACCAACCCAGCGGGCAUUGCUAAGAGCCUUCUCUGGUUUUGCAAUGCCAUCAUUAGGUGGCAUCAACCCUCUGCGGAGCUGAAUUCGAUGUUCCAACAACUUUUGUCUGGUUUCAAGCACCACGAUGAGGCAGGUUGGGCUGCACAGGUUUCAACAUUCCCUCCUGUAAUCCAGGAGCGCCUCGCUGCACGAUAUGGUGUAUAG